UUUCACUAAAGUGUGGGGAGCAGGACGUCACGGAGUCUCCGGCUGUGUUUCUUUUUUGCCGCGCAAAGACUGGGUCGGCAUGGGUGAAUCAAUAGCGACCUCCAUGAUUAUGAGACAAUUAAAUCCACGUUACACGAAAUUAGUUGAGAUAUCUAAAUCCAAGUCCGAACUAGCUCAGUUCCACGUCGCCCCAGCCGGGUCAAAACUCCAAUGUAAGCCUUUACACUGCAGACACUAUACAGUCAAUACCCAACUCUCACCUUCUCCGACUCUUCGCCUGAUUUUACAAUCGUAACUAUCCGACUAUCAGAAACAGUCAUUUCAAUUCGUGAAUGUUAUGAAUCCGAUAUAGCUUACAUAUCAAAUUCUAAAUUUUUGUCAGAAGUUUGAGAAUCAGGUUUCGAGUAGGUGACCCAGAGAAGUUUCGUAUAUUUAUAUGUAUCAGGAUCAUUAUGGAUGAACAUAUGAAUUCCAUGAUUGUUCCAGGCGCACGUGUACUGCCAUCCAGCACGUGUUUUUGUUUCCAAAUCACUGACGCGUGCUACAUUUUGCUUUAAUAUGCUGAGAAAUGGCGGGUUGAACUGCUGGGUAAUGUACACACUGCUGGAUAAUGCUUAUAUUCAAAUACAAGUCAAUGUUAUGUCCUUCUAAUCUCCCAAAACACUAUGUUUGCAUUUUGAAUUUGAAUUUGAAAAAGAAAGAGCCCAUUUUGCUCUGCAUUCUUUCAAGGCGAUACAGUGAUUAUUUACCCUUGAGCUCCACAAAUUCAUGGACGAUUAUUUCAGAUGGAAGAGGGAUGUCCUCUACCGUCUGUUGCUGCUUCUUCAAACAGGACUCGAAAGGGUUUAUUUUGUUAUGAUUUGAAGAUCUUUAAGUGUUUGGGAAGAAAGUUUGCAUAUUUGUUGCUUAUGAGUGAGAUUGGUUUUUUGUCUCAGUAUUACUCAUAAGAUGUUUGAUAGAUAGUCGGAAAGAUGUUUAGAUACAGUACUUGCUACCUCUACCGAAAGAAGCUUGAAUGGUGUAACAAUUUUUCUUUACUUGAGGAAAGCUUCUGACAUGAUGAAAGUACUUUUCUGGAGAGACAGAAGGGGAGAUGAUAAUUGGCCCAUCAAAGGUUCUCUUCAUAAAUGAAACCUCCAAUGGCUUAGAUAGUUCAAGCACCUUUCAGAUUGUUAAAUGUCUCCAGCAGUUGACACACAUAACAGAAUCAACCACUCUGAUUUCACUUCUUCAGCCAGCACCGGAGACAUUUGAUUUGUUUGACGACAUUAUCUUGAUGUCUGAGGGACCGACUGUAUACCACAGGCCUCGUGAUAAUGUUAUACAGUUCUUCGAGAAGUGUGGUUUCUGAUGUCCAGCAAGGAAAGGCGUUGCUGACUUCCUGCAAGAAGUGUGUUAGUUAUUACAAUUGAGAAAUUCGCUUUCAUGCUUAAAAUUGGUUGUGUCGCAGUAAUUAUUCUUUUGCCAUAAUACUUAUACUGCAAUGUCAACUUCGACAGUCACAUCUCUGCAGGUAAUAUCUGAGAAGGAUCAAGCACCAUAUUGGCACCCUGAUAAUCAACCUAUUUAUGUCAGUGUGAAGGAGUUUGCAAGAAAAUUAAGGAAUCCAGUUUAGGACAGAAUUUGCACGAAGAUCUCUUUCGGAAUACUGAAACGGAUGUGAUCCAGAUUCUUUAGUUAAUUGCUGACUGUUUUUUGUAUAUUUUUUCCGUUAUGUGUAUUUAUGGACUCUUUCAUUCUUUGUGCUUUGAUUGAGUUUGACGACAUUAUCUUGAUGUCUGAGGGACCGACUGUAUACCACGGGCCUCGUGAUAAUGUUAUACAGUUCUUCGAGAAGUGUGGUUUCUGAUGUCCAGCAAGGAAAGGCAUUGCUGACUUCCUGCAAGAAGCGUGUAAUAUCUGAGAAGGAUCAAGCACAAUAUUGGCACCCUGAUAAUCAACCUAUUUAUGUCAGUGUGAAGGAGUUUGCAAGAAAAUUAAGGAAUCCAGUUUAGGACAGAAUUUGCACGAAGAUCUCUUUCGGAAUAUUGAAACGGAUGUGAUCCAGAUUCUUUAGGAUGAAAGUAAGGUCCAGACAAUGUUGCCGUUGUCAAAUAAGUAUGCUCUGCAUCCAUGGCGUCUCACACUCGGAUUAUUAUAAAGGAAGAAAUGCAAAAAUAAUGAUAGUAGGUAUACACAAGUACCUGCUAAGCGUAAAGGGCUUUUGCAAAUGUAUUGACAACUGUAUUGAAGCUGGUGAGCUGAUCAGCGCUCCUAAACCUGGUAGUAUGAUAGUAUCAACACUUAAGGGGCUGCGAUUGUUGAACUCAAUGUGGAGGGGAUGGUGAGGUCAUUAAGUUGGCUGUCGCAAAAGCAUGGAAAUGUUUUGGCCGCAUUGAUGCUUAGGUCAAUAAUGCUAGAAUAAGAGGUGGAACGAAAUCUUCAUUAUAUUUAAGUGUAGAAGAAUGGAACAACGUGGUGAGAACCAACUUAACAGGAUCAUGGCUGGUGUCCAAGUAUGUUGGAUUACACAUGGUCGAAGUAGUUCAAGAAGGCUGCAUCAUUAACAUAUCUUCUUCUGCUGGAAAUGAUACAUGCCUUGAGGCUGUACCUAUUCCAAAAUUAAGUCAUGUCGGAGACUCUUCAGAUCCUCUCGAAUUCAUAAGGGAACUACACAAAACGAUGGACAGAAAAAAGAAAUCAUCAGCUGUUUAUAUGACCGCCAGCUUAAUAAAGUGUGUCGGAAAAUUUAGAGGCCCUGAGGUUGCAGCUAAGCUCAUUCAUAGCACAGUGAAGAAUUCAAGUAUAGCACUUUCGAAUCUAAUUGGAGCAGUGGAAUACAAAAUCAUCCUGUUAAAGGCUUCUACCUCACAGUGGCUGGUGUUCCUGUGAAUGAAUUUGGUCAGAGCAAUACACAACUAAGCUGCCAAUUUUUUCAUCCCAUAUUGGCUUAACUUUUGAUAUCUUGCAACAGCAAGUUUACAUAUGAUGGAUUCACAAGUGGUCCCCUCCAACACACCGCCACCUCCACCAGGAAAAAGGAAAGAUUUAGGAAGUCAAAGAAUUUGUCCAACCCAAUCCACAAGUUAUAAACUGGUUUCUCCUAAUAAAAGGGAAUGCUCUGUUAAUGUUGACUCUGUUAUGCGUAAUAUUUUGUCUAAUGAGAAUAGUUCUCUUCAAAGUAUUGUCAUGCCGACGCAUCUUGAUGGUGGAGAGACUUUGUUCAUUGGUACUGAAAGUGAAAGGUAGACGAUGACUUCCUACAAGUUGAUGAUUAAAUCGAGCUUUUAGAGGAUUUCAAUAUUAAAUAAGAAAAAAACCUAAAACCUGCCCCCAAAGCUAUGGCUUUCUUGGUCCUCCUACCGGCAAAUGCCUGAAAUGCCAGGCAAUAAUGUGGGUAGAGGAAGAAAGAACAGCAGUUACCAGUCCGAGAACUUUAUCAACAUGAUUGGACAUGUUUGGGAUCUUUGGGGAGAAUCGAAUGUCUUGGAAAUAGUUGAUCCGGCGCUUGGGAAUACACAUGAAUAUGAUACUGAAAUCCUUAGAUGUAUCCAUAUUGCGGUACUGUGCGUGCAAGAAUCUGCUGCUGCAAGACCAAGCAUGUCGGAAGUAGUGUUUAUGUCAUGCAACGAAAUGAGUCUUCAACCUCCAGGCCAGGCUGCAUUCCUGUUGAGAACAGCGAAUAGAGGUGUCACAAACACGAGUUCUGGUAGUGUUGGAGUCGGCUGCUGGCAGCUGCUGAUCUUACUCCUGAACGGCAUGAUAUUUAUUCUAAAAAUUAGAGCUCUUCUCUUUGCUGCACUUCCACAGGAACUGCUGGUGUGUGGAGAAUUUCAGCACUUAAUGAGGCAGGAGGAUGGAAGGAUAGGACUACUGUCGAGGAUAUGGAUUUGGCUGUCCGCGCAACCCUCAAAGGAUGGAAAUACGUUUUUGUUUGAAAAUAUUCAGGUAAAAAGUGAGCUUCCGAGUACUUUCAAAGUCUUCCGGUAUCAACAACAUAGAUGGUCUUGUGGUCCAGCUAAUCUCUUAAAAAAAUGGCCGUCUGGUAAGGCAACGGGUUUUGGUCCCGGUAUUCGGAGGUUCGAAUCCUUUCGUCCCAGGUCGAAAUUGCAACAAACAAGAAAGUGACUUUUUGGAAGAAGCUAUAUCUGCUCUACAAUUUCUUCUUUGUAAGAAAAGUUGUGGCCCAUGUUGUCACUUUUACCCUCUACUGCGUCGCUUUGCCACUGACCUGUCUGGUUUCUGAAGUUGAAGUUCCUAAAUGGGCAGUCAUUUACAUUCCAUGUACUAUAACUAUCCUCAAUGCUGUUGGAAUUCCAAGAUAAUAGUUUUACUUUGGGUUUUGUUGUAAGGAAGAGUCAAUGAGUAGGUUGUCACCGAAAAUUUAGGAGAUGCUUUGAAGCCUAAAGCUUCUAAUACUGUCCCUCUUCUUAGUAGUGCCCCUGUAAAAAAACCUAGCUCAAAAAUAUGGGGAAGAGUUAACGGGCUAGAGUUGACUAGACUGAGAUCACAGAGAAACUCAUGGCUCAAACACUGUAACUAGACUGCGAACACAGAGAAACUCAGGGCUCAGACGAUCCAGAAAUUUGUUUGAGCUCCGGAGAUGCGAAAGCUAUGCCAAUUAUGGGACUGGGAUUAGGAGUUCCUGAUCUAACUCCAGAAGUUAUGAAUAAUACGAAGAAGGUUGUGGUUGGAGCGAUUGAGCUUGGAUACAGGAUAUCAUAUCUGUUUGGACAGCAAUGUAAGAGUGCCAAAGUCCCCGGCCUUACAAAAUCAAUAAUUGUCAGUAAUUUAAGUUGCAAGGAGAUUGCUGAUGUUCUGGCAUUUGCCAAGAUUCCUUCUGCAAUCAAUCAAGGAGACUUUUCGAGCUGAGUUUAAGGAAAAUAAUCCUGGAAAUGCAAAUGGAAAUGCAAACGAGUCUGUUGAUUCAAAUCCCAGUGUUGUCAUUUUAGUUUUUAAUGGGAGGAAAAGCUAGACAUCAUGCAUCAGUUUUUGACAAGUACCGGCUCAAAUAAACGGUUAGCUUUUGACAGUUUUAGUUGGUGUUGCAUUUUGCUCAGAAGAUACAAAAACUUGCAUAUGCGUAUGCGUCAUUGUUUUUCUGCCCAUGUUUAGUGGUGCUAAAUACCAAACUUGAUAUAAUGCCAGUAUCUCUUCUUAUAUAUAAAGUUUUGACA